AUGGAGGUGAAAUCCAUCGUCCUUGGUGUGCAGGGGAUGACAUGCAAUUCCUGUGUUCAGACCAUCGAACAGCAUAUUGGGAGGAUGAAUGGCAUCCAUAACAUCAAAGUAUCUCUAGAGGAUAAGAAUGCAGUCAUCAUUUAUGACUCCAAACUGCAGACUCCAGCAACACUGCAGGAAGCAAUAUAUGACAUGGGAUUUGAUGCUACAUUAGCUGAUUCAAACCCACAACCUGUUUUACUUGACACUAUUUUUCUUACAAUUCCUACUCAGUCAUCUCUAAGCUCUAAACAGAUUUGCAGCACACUGCUAAAGAACAAAGGUGUUGUGGAUGUUAAAAUGUCCUCUGAUCAGAAAACUGCAGUGGUGACGUUCAUUCCUUCCGUUGUAAAUGGAAAGCAGGUUAUGCAAAUGGUCCCAGGGGUGGAUUUAAGUAUCUCUGCACCAGAGGUAACGCCUGGAACUUGUGAAAGCUCCAGCUGGUCUCAAGCAAGUAGCGUUGUGCUGCGCCUGAAAGUAGAUGGGAUGACCUGUCACUCCUGCACCAGCACCAUCGAGGGGAAGAUUGGCAAAUUGCAGGGAAUUCAACGGAUUAAAGUGUCCCUGGACAAUCAGGAAGCUGUUGUUGUCUACCAGCCUCAUCUGAUUACAGCAGAAGAAAUAAAGCAUCAAAUUGAAGCUGCUGGUUUCAUAGCAUCUUUCAAAAAGCAGCCUAAACCCCUCAAGCUCAGUGCCAUUGACUUAGAGAGGCUGAGGAAUGCUCAGACCAAAGGCUCCGAGACAGCACUGAAAGAAACCUCAAGUAUGAAUGACACAAAGACAGUUGUAUUCAGGGUUGAUGGCAUGCACUGCAGUUCAUGUGUCGUCAACAUUCAGAGCACCAUAUCGGCACUCCCAUCAGUAACAAGUAUAGUUGUUUCAUUAGAGAAGAAAUCUGCUAUUAUAAACUAUAACCCAAACUUAAUUAGCAUAGAAGUACUGAGAAGAGCCAUAGAGGCAGUGUCUCCAGAGACAUUUAAAGUCAGCCUUCCUGAGGAAUACGACAACGUAGCACUUUUCCCCACACUGGUGUCUACAAUGAAGUCUCCUCAUCCAGCUUUGAAGGAUGCCAGCCAGCCACUUACUCAAGUUGUUGUAAUAAAUAUUGAGGGAAUGACUUGCAACUCCUGUGUGCAGUCCAUUGAGGGAGUCAUAUCCCAAAAGGCAGGUGUCAAAUCUAUUCAUGUGUCUCUCACAAACCAUAAUGGGACUAUAGAAUAUGACCCUCUGCAAACGUGCCCAGAAGACUUGAGAUCUGCAAUAGAGGAUAUGGGAUUUGAUGCAUCUUUACCAGGUAAUGACAUCUUAAACUUCUACAUUUCAAAGGAUUCUCAGCCCUCUCCUGAAGUGCAGCUGGAAUCCCACAGAACUGAGCCUCCCUCCAAAGUGUCACCAGCCCAUCCUGUGAGGCAAGAGACAAAGACUGUAUCGAAGUGCUAUGUCCAGGUCACAGGAAUGACAUGUGCUUCAUGUGUGGCCAACAUUGAGAGAAAUCUGAGGAGAGAGGAUGGAAUACAUUCCAUACUUGUUGCCCUAAUGGCAGGGAAGGCAGAAGUGAGGUAUAAUCCUGCUGUCAUACACCCUUCAGCGAUUGCAGAGCUCAUCCGGGAACUGGGAUUUGGAGCUACUGUGAUGGAAAACUGUGGUGAAGGAGAUGGAAUUCUGGAACUUGUUGUGAGAGGAAUGACGUGUGCUUCUUGUGUACACAAAAUAGAAUCCACCCUCAUGAAGACUAAUGGUGUUUUAUAUUGUUCAGUAGCUCUGGCAACCAACAAAGCACACAUCAAAUAUGAUCCUGAGAUUAUAGGUCCUCGAGAUGUUAUACAAGUGGUAAAGGAUUUAGGCUUCACCACUUCCUUAGUCAAAAAAGAUAGAUCUGCUAGUCAUCUAGAUCACAAGCAGGAAAUAAGGCAGUGGAAAAGGUCUUUUGUUGUGAGUCUUGUUUUCUGCAUCCCUGUCAUGGGGCUGAUGAUCUACAUGAUGGUGAUGGACAGUCAGCUUUCAGAUGCUCAUGCACAUCACAACAUGAGCAGUGAGGAAAUGGAGGCUCUUCACUCCUCAAUGUUCCUGGAAUACCAGCUCCUACCAGGAUUGUCUGUUAUGAAUUUUCUCUCCUUUUUACUCUGUGUCCCAGUACAGAUGUUUGGAGGCUGGCACUUCUAUAUCCAGGCCUACAAAGCAGUGAAGCACAAAACUGCAAACAUGGACGUGCUUAUUGUACUGGCAACCACCAUUGCCUUCGUGUACUCACUUGUUGUUCUUCUAGUUGCAAUGGCUGAGAAAGCAAAAGUGAACCCUGUAACUUUCUUCGACACACCUCCUAUGCUGUUUGUGUUCAUCUCCUUGGGCCGGUGGCUAGAACAUGUUGCAAAGGGUAAAACAUCAGAAGCACUGGCAAGACUAAUUUCAUUACAAGCUACUGAAGCUACUAUUGUUACCUUGGGCCCCGAUAACGUUCUUUUAAGUGAAGAGCAAGUUGAUGUUGAACUGGUUCAACGAGGUGAUAUUGUGAAAGUGAUCCCAGGAGGCAAAUUCCCAGUGGAUGGUCGUGUUAUCGAAGGACACUCCAUGGUAGAUGAAUCUCUUAUCACAGGUGAAGCGAUGCCUGUGACUAAAAAACCUGGCAAUACAGUUAUUGCAGGUUCUAUUAACCAGAAUGGAUCACUGCUGAUUUCAGCAACCCAUGUUGGAGCUGAUACAACUCUGUCCCAGAUCGUUAAACUGGUGGAGGAGGCUCAGACCUCAAAGGCUCCUAUCCAGCAAUUUGCAGACAAACUUAGUGGCUACUUUGUGCCUUGUAUUGUGGCUGUCUCUGUGGUUACCCUUUUUGCCUGGAUUAUAAUUGGUUUUGUGGAUUUUGAAAUAGUAGAAAAAUACUUUCUGGGUUACAACAAGAGCAUUUCUGCUGCCGAAGUGAUAAUCCGGUUUGCUUUCCAAGCCUCCAUCACGGUCCUGUGCAUUGCGUGUCCCUGUUCUCUGGGAUUAGCCACCCCCACGGCUGUGAUGGUUGGUACUGGAGUAGGAGCCCAGAAUGGAAUACUGAUCAAAGGAGGAGAGCCCCUGGAGAUGGCACAUAAGGUGAAGGUGGUUGUUUUUGACAAAACUGGUACUAUUACUCACGGGACCCCAGAAGUGACACAGGUGAAGUUUCUAGUGGAGGGCAACCAGCUACCACAUAACAAAAUGCUGGCCAUAGUGGGGACUGCAGAGAGUAACAGUGAGCAUCCUCUUGGAGCAGCAAUUACAAAAUACUGCAAGAAGGAACUGGACGUGGAAACCCUUGGGACAUGUACAGACUUUCAGGUAGUCCCAGGCUGCGGCAUUAGUUGUAAAGUCACCAAUAUUGAAGGAUUACUCUGCAGGAAAAAUAAAAUGGUUGAAGAAAACAAUAUGAAAAACGUGACACUGGUGAAAAUUGAGGAAAACAUGGAGGAAUCGGUGCAGCCUGCUUUGAUUAUUGAUGCUGAGCUACCAGCUACUAGGACUUCUCAGAAAUACUCUGUUCUCAUUGGGAACCGGGAAUGGAUGAGCAGAAACGGCCUUGUUGUGAAAAAUGAGGUGGAUAAAGCCAUGAUGGAACAUGAGCGGAGAGGUCGCACAGCAGUUCUAGCAGCUGUAGAUGGAGUACUUUGUGGUUUGAUAGCUAUUGCUGAUACUGUGAAACCAGAAGCUGAGCUGGCUGUCUACACUCUGAAGAGUAUGGGAUUAGAAGUUGUCCUGAUGACUGGUGACAACAGCAAAACUGCAAGAUCUAUUGCCUCUCAGGUUGGCAUCACCAAAGUGUUUGCAGAAGUUCUCCCCUCCCACAAAGUAGCCAAAGUGAAACAGUUGCAAGAUGAAGGAAAGCGGGUGGCCAUGGUUGGAGACGGCAUCAAUGACUCCCCAGCUCUUGCUAUGGCCAAUGUGGGAAUUGCCAUUGGCACGGGUACUGAUGUAGCCAUUGAGGCAGCUGAUGUGGUUCUAAUUAGGGAUGACUUGAUGGAUGUGGUAGCAAGUAUAGAUCUAUCAAGGAAAACUGUGAAAAGGAUCCGGAUCAACUUUGUCUUUGCUCUAAUUUAUAAUCUCAUUGGAGUUCCCAUAGCUGCUGGUGUUUUCCUGCCCAUUGGUUUGGUUCUGCAGCCCUGGAUGGGAUCUGCAGCCAUGGCUGCCUCCUCUGUUUCUGUUGUGCUUUCUUCUUUGCUGUUAAAGAUGUACCAGAAACCAAGUCCUGAGAAACUUGAGUUCCGGGCCCGUGGCCAAAUGAGACACAAGAGCCCAUCGGAAAUCAGUGUCCACAUUGGAAUUGAUGAGACUGGGACAGGCUCACCUAAACUGAGUUUAAUGGAUCGAAUCAUCAACUACAGUAGAGCCUCUAUAAACUCUCUCUUUUCAGACAAGCGUUCAGUGAACAGUGUAGUUCUUAGUGAACCAGAUAAGCAUUCACUUUUGGUGGGAGAUUUUGGAGAAGAUGAUGACACAGCAUUGUGAAAGACUUGCCCCUUCCCUCCCACCCCUGCCAAGCAAAAAAGCCCUGAAGCAAAACAGAAAACCAACCAAGACAGCUGCCUAGAUAUCUGUGCAUGUACUGAUCAUUUCUGGAGGGCUUUUCAGAUGUAUUGCUCCUUGCAGAAAGCUGUUUGGGUUUUUUUCAGUGACUUUCCAGGGUUGUUUCUUUGUUUGGUGGGAUUUGUUGAGUUUUGUUUUCUGGUUUUUAAAAGUCAUGUUUAGUACUGUGCUAAAAACUUUCAAAUGACUGCAUCUGCAAAAUGCUGAAGGUUCUGUUUGCAGAUGGAUGUGCCUUACUUCAGAACUUCCAGGACCCCUCUAAUUCCCACAGCUUGCCUUCUACCAGGAAUGGUUCCUCUCAAAUGCCUUUUCUUUAUACAGACAUCUGGUUCCAGCUUUUUACACUCCCAGCCUCAAAUCAUCUCACUGUUUGUGAUCUGGAUUCCUGCAAAGCAGAGAUAACGGAGAGGUUUGGGCUUUGCUUUGACAUCAUACCAAUGUUUAACUCUACACAUCCAUGCCCCAGUACACUCCUACUACUAAGAUUGUCUGCUUGAAGGUUGAAUGCUUUGGGAGGUUUGCUCAUUCUCAGCCUCUCCUAAGCCAAAAAUUCCUGCAGCAUCUUAAUGCAGUAUGAAUGUGAUGUAAUAUAGCAGAAAUGUUUAGCUUUUAAGAAGGCAGCAACAUAGUUAGUGCUCACUACCAGUAUCUACUAGCACUCCGUAAGUGAACCAGAAUAGACUGCUGUCACCACAGAUUGCCUUUACAAUCUUUACAGUGCAGUCUUUGCAGAUAUGACACCAUCAAAUAAUUAAUUGUGUCAGAUACUCCACUAACAGCAAUUGCUUGUAAAGAUACUGAGUGUAUUUAUACCAGGAAUGGUUCAGAAUCUUCUCCAUAGAUUGAUCUAAACCUCCUUUGCUUGGACUGUUUAGAUCCAGGCUUUCUGAGUUAAGACAAUCUUUGUUACUGAAGUAUCAGAAUACAGGGUUUGAUCAUUAAAUUAUUAAUACUAAAAAUAUUCUCAGUGAGAAAGAGGUGUUCAUCACCCAGUUUCUACCUACCUGUUUGUUACUCAGUAUGCCUUGUUUAAAUCUCUACUGAGGUGGCUGGCUGCAGCAAUUGCUAGGUUCAGUAAUGGUGAAUUGCAUUACAAAAUACAGUUCAUGGUGUAAACAUGCAAUUCUAAUUUGUACUUGUAGAGUAGAAAUACUCGGUUUGGAGAACAAUAAGGAGAUCUCUGUAAUGUUCUAGUUUUUAACCUGAAGUCUGAUGUCAGCGCAUAGAUUGUGUAUGUAAGAUUUCAUAAGUAAAUAGCUUUUGGAUUUUAUCUGAGAACAGAACAAUACCAGUGUGUGGAAACAGAAGAGUUGUGCUAUGGAAUGUGUUUUUAGUAAAUCAGUGUGCUUGAUAUCUUGCAGUGAGGAGAACAUCAUCUUUUGUUGCUGCUACUAGUUUAAGAAACAACAUAUUUCUUUUGCAGGUUUUAGGUUCUUAAUAUCUCUAUGUGAAUAUAGGUAAUAUUUUAAAUUGGAUUACAUUUAUCUAUGUCUAUAUUGUAGUGUUAAGAAAUGCUGAAACAGAUUACUUGCAAAGUCAUUCCAUAAGAUGAUGUUCUCAGUUUUCAGCAGCAAAGUUGUUUCUUACAAAGCAGAUAGUUACCUGGUCGUACAAUGGUGGGUUUUAUUCUUAGUUCUCUACAACUAUGUUUCCAAAGACUUCUGUUUUCUUCUUUAUCCACACUUGUUCUCAGUGUUCUUGGCAAGGUUCUGCAGAUGAAAGGGGGAUCUCUACAUACAGUUGUCUGGAUUGUGCUGACCACUGGUCUUAAUCAUGCAGUGAAGACACCAGGUACAUCCAGACACCCCAUGCUUUCAAGAAGUGGGGGAUUUCACUUCUGCAGGUGCUGGUUAUGGUUUGUAUAGUGUGUAAAUGGCAGGCAUCAUGUUCUUCCUGCAGGAAAUGGAGUAGUAAUUUAGAGUUAAAUUCCUGGUUGGGAGGUAAAGCAGCAUGAAGAAUUUGUUAAAUUAUUUCCAAGUAUAUUUUUAGAGCACUUUGGUUUCUGCAUUUUGUUGUGCAAAUUGUAGGUAGGCCGAAUGUUUAGUGGAGUGCUGGUUUCGUUGCCAACUUUUUCCCAGUGCGGAUGUUUUUCUAGGCUUUUCCGUUUUCUCUGAAACCUGGCAUUUGUCCAGUUACAGCAAAAUAAGGUUACUUUAAAAAGCAGGAUACUUAAUGAGGUGUGGAGAUGAUUAUGGGGGAAUAAGGAGCAGUAAAAUGCUGGCUGAGAGGGAAUGGGAUAGCAGCCUUUAAGUACAGUCAGAGGAUCAAACUCAGGAGAGGAAAUUGCCAAGUUAAAGACCAGUGUAUAAAUAAGGUGCUUGUGAUCAAUCAAGGCUUCAGUUGAGGUGAAGCUUUUUCACUCUAACAGCUGUUAGUCUGGGAGCCAGCUUCUGUUAUAGGUAGAAGGCAAAAUGCUGUUGCACUUCUCAAAGAGGCUUGUAUUAUGGGAUGCCAGGAACAGCAGUGGUCAGGACUUUCCAACCCAGGAAAUCCAUCUCCAUCCAGUUCUCCUCUUUAGGAAAAUCUGUCUGGACUUGUCUUUUGAACUUGAAUUUAGUACUUGGUGUUUAAGUAAUGUGUAGCUGAUUAAGAAAUCCAGAGUCCAGAUCUUUGUCCAACACUCCCUGUCCAAAAGUGUGAUAUUGACUCACAGAAUGUUUGUCUUGUUCUUAAAAUAUUAUAUAAGGUGCUUUAUGUUGAAGAACCAAAUAUUGUUCAGAUUGAAUGUACCGUGCAAGUGGAGUAAUGUGGGAGCUACAUGUGUUUUCCCAAAUGUAAAUGUUUUAAUAUGUAAAUAGUUGCUCCUGUUGGAGACAGUCUGGAUUCAUAAAUUGAAAUAUCACAUGGAAAUGUGAGUUUCACAUCCAAUUGUAUUACUGCUUUGUCUAUUUUAUUGUUUUCUGUACCUAGCUAUUUAUAAAACCUGUGCUCUAUUUAAAAAACAAAGUACGGAUGCUCCAGGCUUUAAAGAUUGCUCCUUGAAUCUUACCAAUAAACUUUUAAAAGAGUAAACACUUGACAUUUUAUAUGAAGAAGAGUGGGAAGCUGACACAACACAAUGGAAUCAAGAGAGCAUUUCUAUUUAUUAAAACCUGUUUUAUUUUUUUGUUUAGAACUUCCAGUGGAAUGUUUUAAACCUGAUGGGUUUUUUAAUCCAUUUUGGUGUGAAGAAUGGGGAAAUGAGUGUGUUGAGGAACGUUAGUGCUGUUACAUUUCUUUAUCUCUGGCAACAUGCAGUUUCACAGUUCUUUCAAGACUCUGCUUCCAUCAUUGUAAUGGCAAUUAUGAGCUAUAUAAUAAAAAUACACCAUCC